AUACUCAGGAUAGGAAAAUGGUCGCUGCUGCUAUCCUGGUGCUGCGUUCGUCAGGUCGGAACAAAAGAGUAGAGACAGCAUCGUACCUACCAAGUGAACCCAUCUUCGCCGCCGGCCUUACAUAUUUCAUCGCCUGGUUGGUGUGGCCGGACCGAAGCUUUGAAGCGAGUCGCCGCCUGGACCUGUUCGCCGCAGUAGGAGCAGAAAGUCAGAGAACAAAGCCACCAACCCACCUCGAUGGAGUCGACUGUCGCCGUCGCCGUCGUCCCGUUCCCGGCGCAGGGCCACCUGAACCAGCUGCUCCACCUGGCGCUGCACCUCGCCUUGCGCGGCCUGCCCGUACACUUCGCGGCACCCGCGGAGCACGUCCGCCAGGCCAAGGCGCGCCUGCACGGCUGGGGCGCCGGCGCCCUCCGCGGCAUCGAGUUCCACGAGCUCGCCAUCUCCGAGUACGACUCCCCGCCCCCCGACCCUGCCGCGGACUCGCCCUACCCCUCCCACCUCCUGCCCCUGUUCGAGGCGUUCGUCGCCGACGCGCCCGCUGCGGUCUCGGCCCUCCUCCGCAGGAUCUCCGCCUCCCACCGCCGUGUCGUCGUCCUGUACGACAUCAUCAACGCCUUCGCCGCGGAGGAGGCCACGCGGCUGCCCAACAGCGAGGGGUUCGCGUUCCACUGCACCGCCGCGUCUAUCCUCGCCAGGGGGUUGGAUUUGGAUGGAGGGCUCCAGCUGCGGAUGAGCGAUGUGCACGGCUUCGCCGACAUUCCACCCCAAGGCUUCGUGCCCGACAAGCACCUGGAGUUCAUCGGCAAGCAGGCCAGAAGCCACCAGACGGUCCCGUCCAGCGCCGGCGUCAUCAUGAACACGUCCCGCGCGUUAGAGGGUGAGUUCAUCGACUUCGUGACCGAGCGGCUCGGCGCCGCCAGCAAGAAGGUCUUCUCGAUCGGGCCGCUGAACCCGGUGCUGGAUGCGAACGCGCCCGAGCAGGUAGCAGAGCGGCACUGGUGCCUCGACUGGCUCGACAAGCAGCCGGCCGCGUCCGUGCUCUACGUGUCGUUCGGCUCGGUAUCCUCGCUGCGCGGCGAGCAGAUCGAGGAGCUCGCGGCGGCGCUGCGCGACAGCAAGCAGCGGUUCAUCUGGGUUCUGCGCGACGCCGACCGCGGCAACGUGUUCGCGGCCUCCGGCGAGAGCCGGCCCGCCAAGUUCCUGUCCGAGUUCACCAAGCAAACAGAGGGAACAGGGCUGCUGAUCACCGACUGGGCGCCGCAGCUGGAGAUCCUAGCCCACCCCGCCACGGCAGCGUUCCUGAGCCACUGCGGGUGGAACUCCACGAUGGAGAGCAUGAGCUACGGGAAGCCCAUCCUGGCGUGGCCCAUGCACUCCGACCAGCCGUGGGACGCGGAGCUGGUGUGCAAGUACCUUAAGACCGGCUUCCUGGUGAGGCCAUGUGAGAAGCACGCCGAGGUGAUUCCAGCGGCAGCCAUACGGGAGGUGAUCGAGAAGAUGGUCUCUGAGGAAGGGCUCGCGGUGCGGCAGCGUGCAGUGGCGCUCGGUGAGGCCGUCCGUGCGUCCGCGGCUGCGGGUGGGUCAUCCCAAAAGGACCUUGAGGACUUCAUUGCUCACAUCACAAGGUAAGAGAUCCAAGAAUGCAGGAACAAUUGGUGUAUCAAUUUGUAUUUCAGUUCUAUUUUCUUCCUGAAAAUAAGUUGGAGAGUGUUUUGUACAAGUGGUAAGUAGAAAAAAAAAUUAUUGUACCAAAUAAAUUUGAGCUCCCGGUUUCAAA